AUGUACCGCCUUGCAGUCAGCCUGUCCCGCCGGGGCCCUCGCGUCCAAGUGCCCACCCUCCGCACGGGCACAACAAACAUAGGCGCAGCAGGCCUGCCGCCAACAUUCUCCCGCCCCGCUGGCUAUGCCACCUCGGCACCAGACAAGGACAAUGACACGGAGAGCGCCUCGGCCGUCGACGAGGACAUUUCUGCCAAGGGCCGCGCGGGUGGCGGCAAGCCACUUCCAAGCUCCGAGAACCCCCCGCCGAAGCCCAAGGUCAACAACGCCAGCGUGCCCGGCACAGGCAAGGACAAGCUCACCAAGGAGCAGCAGGAGGAGGUCGAUCGGCACAAUGCCGACUUUGAGAAGAAGCACGAUCGUGGGAGUAGCGCGGCGGAUGACAAGGUCGACAAGAACUUCUGGUCUGGCGGGAACGGGUCGCGUUGA